CUACUGUUUCACAGAUCGGGCUUCAAAGCUGAUUCAUAUAUUUAACCAUUAGAUCGAUCUCUCUAGCUCCAAAGUGUAGUGGGUUCGCAUCAUACGGUCAAAGAGAAAUAAACCCUAAUAUAUAUAGGUGGUUUUUUUUUUUGUUUUCCUGGGCUUCUCCCAUGUUAAGUUGUUGCAAAAAGACAGUCACCAGAGAUGAAGAAGGACGCGGAGAUUUGUGUCUUUGUUUGGAUAUAAUAGUGGAGAUACUCAAGAAACUCCCGGCAAAGUCACUUGUGAGGUUCCGAAGCGUCUCCAAGCAAUGGUCAACCAUUAUCGGCAGCCGCAGAGACUUCAUCGAGUCUAUCGUCGCUCGCUCUCUCAGACAGCCUCCCCUGGAGCUUCCCAUCUUCAUCUUCCACCAUUGUGUGCCUGAAGCGUUCUUCACUGUUUCCCCUGUUUUCUCUCCGACCCCCACCGACCAUGUAGUAACUAUCCCUCGACCAAGUCCACGGAACUCCUUCCACUAUCAGUACUCCCGAGGCUUGAUCUGUUGCUCUUCUUCAGAAUCUCAUUUGGUUACCAUAUACAACCCUACUACCAGGCAGCUUUUUCCCUUACCCGAGAUCCAAGCCCUUGCAACACGGUCCGAAUUGAGUUCCUGCUUCUUUGGCUACGACCCUAUCACGAAUCAAUACAAAGUCUUGUCCAUUGUUGUUGUCAACGAUGACGAGCAAAGUUAUCAUGUUUUCACAUUGGGGUGUCAACAGUCUUGGAGGAAAGUCAAAGGCAUUGAUGAAGAAUCCUACUUUCCAAACGAUUACAGUGUAUGCAUUGACGGGACUAUCUACUACCACGCAAACUACAACGCAAAGAGAGGUGUUGAGACUAUGUUGCUGAGUUUCGAUAUUAGGUCCGAAAGAUUUGAUCGCGUCUUGUUUCCACAAGGAUUGUUGACUCCUAUGUUUAACCAGCGUCUAGUGAACUACCUAGGUAAGCUGGGAUGCAUAAUUUGUAACCACAGCAACACAAGUAUCUGGAUUAUGAAUGAUGCCAAAAAACAAGAAUGGUCGAGAACAAUCCUUUGCUUGCCAAACUACCCAGUGAUGAUGUUAGGAGCAGGUGUGGCAUUCUCUGGUGCCACCCCUGCUGGAGAGAUUUAUGCAACUCAAUGUAGGUAUGUCUUUGAAAAGUCAUUGUAUGUUUACUACUAUGACAUGAACCAAAACAGCUUUAGAAGAGUUCAUAUCCAAGGUGGUGUUCGCAAUAAAACAAAGAAGCCUAGGUAUUGGGUGCAAGUAUUUGCAAUUCAUGAUCAUGUCGAGAAUACAAUGUGGCUGUAACAAUUUUCUUUUGUAUUUCUUUUUGUCCCAAUUCCUUAAAAUGUUAUUUAAGGACCUACUGCUUUGAUGCUUUGCAAGUGCAGUUUGGCUGUCGACCAUCUAUAUAUAUUUUGGAUUCUUUAUUACAAUUUACUACAAAAUUUUAUCUUUAUCAUCAGUGUUUUGUGCUCACUGUUCACCCUAAGAAUUAUAUAUGUUUCUG